CUAAUUGUUAAUUGGGUAGAACUGUCAGAUGGGUUUGUUUUGGUUACUGUUUUGAAAUAUGCUUCCUAUUCGGUUAUUUAGCGGAGGAUGAAUAAAUCAUACAAAACACGACCCGGGGCCAGCGAUGGAUGGUGGCUUUGCGUGCUGGUGCCAGCUUGCUACGCGGCCACCGUUUGGCGACCUUAUCAGCGCGCCUACGACCAACACCUGCCACGAGAUUACAAGCGCACGGUAAUCGUGACCUUUGGACUGCUGCUCCAGUCACUAGUCAUCCGCGGAACCGUGCAAUCCCGAUGGAACCGUCGGCAGGCGGUUCUGCUCACGCUGGCCGCUGUUGUCCCCCUCAGCUGGGGGUUGUUUUUAGUGUGCCUGAAGGAGAAUGUUGCAUUCGGGGGUGUGAGCGCACUGCUGCCAAUCGCGCUGUACGAUAAGCUUUACCACACCGUCCUUCGAACGAUACCAAAGAGCUUCAGCUAUGGGGAGGCUUGCGUCGUGGUGCAAGGUUUCGUUGCGUUUGCCUACUGCGCUUUGCUGCAGUUGCCGCUGGCAACGCUUUUGCGACCCGAUGCCGUGUACACGGAAAUGCAAACGAUCUACUGUAUCCUGCAGAUCGGUUUGGUGGGAAUUUUUCUUCUCGCGUGCGCAACAUACUACUGCACAUGGCUGCGCAAAACCAUUCCCUUUUGGUUCGCACUGGCCGUAACGACCGUUCUGGUGGCUUUAUGUCCGAUCGGCAAACUGCCGGCCAUUACCCGGUUGGUACUGUUUCUCGUAGCCGAUGGACAAACGAUGAUCACGACUGGGAUGUAUCUGGCACUGUUGCUGCUGACGGUGUCUUUCGUCAUGUGGCAGUUCAACUAUGGCCGCCGCACGACAACGGCCACGCGGAAAGUGUUCCACCUGCUCAUCGUUCUCGUGUACGGACCGGGGCUUUGGUAUCAGUGCCGAUUGCUCUACCUUGCCAGUGGGCUAAUGUUGGCCGUACUGAUCGUGCUAGAGAUGGCUCGCCUAAUACAGCUAGCACCGGUGGCAAGCGUACUGAACACGGCGGUGCAGCUGUUCAUCGACGAAAAGGAUGCCGGUGCGAUUGCCCUUACACCGAUCUACCUGCUGGUGGGAUGCUCGUUGCCAUUCUGGCUCCAUCCAGCACCGUGCGACUUGACCAACUCGGGCGGACUGCAAAUGCUCACCCUUUCGGCGGGUGUGCUAUCGAUCGGGAUCGGUGAUACGGCAGCCAGUGUGGCGGGAUACCACUUCGGCCGGCACAAGUGGCAUGCUAGAACGAAUAAAUCCGUUGAAGGAACGGUUGCCUCGGUACUGCUGCAAGCGCUGGCCAUCGGGGCACUGUACCACGUGAGCGUGAUACAGCUGACGGUUAGCCGGGCCGCGUACGCCGGCAUUGCCGUGCUAGUGAACGCUCUCGUCGAGUCGCGGACGGACCAGAUCGACAAUUUGGUGCUGCCGCUCGUCACCUACCUGAUACUUGUUAGCUCCUGCUGACGAUCGAUCGCUGGUGCCUUGAUUAAAUUAUUUUCCUUUAAUAAGACACACACAAACACAAGGGAGGGUUCAUGGAUUGCA